AUGGCUAGUCCUGACGAACAAAAAGAGCUAAGGAAGAAAUCAGAAAAAGAAGAGUUAGAGUUCUAUGCCAAAUUCGAACAAAAAAUCCAGCCCGCAAUCGAAGAGUUCCGAAGCAGUUUUCCAAAUGGUCCUUAUUCUCAACCAAGAGGACCAAUGCCACUAGGCAAUUGUGAAAUUCCCUUCGACGAAUGGUGUAGUUACCUGGUAAAAGCGCCGCCACCAACACUAAAACAGCGACAGUAUUUGUCCCAGCCUCCGCCUCCGGCGCAACAAAAAAACGCUACGCUAGUUGCACAUAUCCGACAAAUUCAGGUCGGCUCGGAUAGGCCCGCUAACAAUACUGUUUCCUCGAACUCUUCAAAAAAGAAUAUCGACUAUCUCGACUUUCUUGAAGGGCUUUCAAAACAACAGAGUUAUGAUAGUUCUGGCUUUAACAAAUCAAUGGAGGAAGCAGAGCACUUAGGAAAAUAUGUGAGCACACCGAAAAAUAUGAAAUUUAAUACGUCGGAUAAUUCGAGCACUUAUGGUGCACCGAAUAAAACGAACAGAAAAGAUCCUUUAUCAAACGGAAAAGCAAAUAUAGAUGCUGGAAAAAGGGACUUUACGAGAGAUGACGCUAAAAGCGUGCUGGAGAAAUUUUACGAAACGCGAAAAAGAAAAGCACCUAUCACGAUACCUACCCUGGAUGAUGUCGAAAUUAAGAAGAGGAACAAAGGCAAAGAUGUGGCAACAAAACGCCCUCCAAAAAAGUUACCAAUCACAAAAAAUUCACGCGUGCAGAACUAUAAUAAGCGGAAUUAUAUCAAGGAUGUCAUUAUGAAAGAUCGAGAAUUCACGCAUGAUGACGAAAAAGCUUUAGGAGAUCCUUCACCAUUACCUACCACAAAUAAUCCGGUCAAUAAUGAUCCCCAAAAACCUGUUAAACAGCUAAUAGUUAAAUUGAAAAUCCCACCAAGAAAGCAGGAUUCAAAGUCAGAUGAUAAUAGUACUACUGCAUCAUAUCAUGAAAAUUCUUGGUCAUCACAACAAAAACAUUCGAAGGCACCUGAUGGAAAUAAAGGAGUAAAACCUUUAGAAAAUGGGUCAACAAAAGGAACGAAAGUGACCAAAGUUCGAGAUUAUCAGGAUAGUUCUCGCAACGUAAAGCGGAAAUUAGCCAAAGUUACGGCAGAGUCAAAUGCUCAGCAAACCGAUAUAAUGGAGUCCGAUGAGACGUCCAGAUCACAAAGUAUUGUACCAAUUACUGUCGAACAACGCACACUUGGUGUUCGAUCUCCUGUCAUAACUGUCCAAACCGUCGGUAAUAAAACCGAUAAUGUUUCUAAUACAAGAUCAAUCGAAGUUCAGACAGACCCAAUAGAUAUACAGCAAAACUUAAUAAACACACAGCAAAACUCAAUAAACACACAGCAAAGCUCAAUAAACACACAGCAUCAAGAACCCGGAAAUGAUGAGGACCGAGCGGAUAUGGCACAAUUUCAUCAUGCAUUAUUUGAACGUAAAAGUGCCAUAGGCCGUGAAUACAAACAUCGAGCCGAAAAAGACACAGAGAAACGAUCACCAUUGGAAAAGGUGUCCGAUUAUCUGGAAUCCUUUCUACGCUAUACUGAAGCUGUUUUUCAUCAACAUGAAGCCGAUAAGAACGGUUACGAAUAUAAUUUUAAGUACCUUAAUCUUGAAAAAUUAUUCGACUUUAUCCGAGCCACAAUCGAAAAACAAGGGAACGAGACUCCUUUGGCCGGUCUUGUCAAGUUUGUCAAAGCAGUGAUCCUAUUUAAACACUGGCAGAUUGAACAAAACCGUUUCCGUCAGGUUGAGAAUAACCUUCAAGAUUAUUAUAUUAAUGAUUCAUCAGAUUUAGAUUCUAAGAAAGCUUUUGACGAAUAUUUGAAUUGUUUAGAGUCAAUGAAGAAACAGAUGACAAAGAUUCACCAAGCUUUUGAAGAGUCAAAGAACCAGUUGGAAAAUCGAGAUUUAAAAAUUAAUGCUGAUCUUAAAGCAACAUUGAUCUUUGCGCAGGAGAUGGUGGAUAAUUGGAGAAAAGAGCGAGGAAUCGUGUUUACUCAAAUUGAUAUAUAA